AUGUCAAACUGUGAAAUACGAGAGCUUGGUCCAUGGAUCGGGACAAUGUCUCGUCUGCGUCGACUUGAAGUAAGCAGAAUGGCACAGCUGGUAUCACUCCCUCAGCUUCCGUAUUCAGUAGUAGAACUCCAUGCAGUUGGUUGCGAGUCCCUGGAGAGACUAGACUGCUCCUUUCCCAAUCCGGAUAUUCGUCUUCUCGACUUCACUAGGUGCUACAAACUGAAUCAAGAAGCCAGAGACCUCAUCAUCCAGACACCGACUACUGAAUUUGCAGUCUUGCCCGGCGGAGAAGUGCCUGAGUGCUUCCCUUUCCGAUCUUCUGGGAGUUCUGUAACAGUGAAGUUGAAUCAAAUGCCUCUUGGCGCAUCAACCAAAUUUAAGGCUUGCCUCGUAUAUGCUUUUGAUAAGGACGAAGGUCAGUAUAGCCGACUGAUGAGGGGAGGAUGUGUUUAUUACAGCAUCACGUCGAAACAGAAUGCUAUCGGUGAAUUUUAUAAAUAUAUAGAUUUUCCUUUCGAGAAGCAUCUGUACGUAUUCGAGGUUGAAGCAGUGGAGGUGACUUCCACCGAGCUUGCUUUUGAGUUCAGGUGCGGCCCACGGAAGGGCAAGUAUUACCCCGACAACGGAUAUAAAACAGAGAUAAAAGAAUGCGGGGUGCUCCAACUCUAG